AUGAUUGUCUCAAGCAUUCUAAUAUGCAUUAUUUUAAGUAUCUAUACAAUUAAAGCAGAUGAUUGUCAAUAUUCAACACCCGAUGGUAUAAUAGAUUUGAGAACAUUUGGUUAUAAAAAUCGACCCAAAUAUUAUGAUGUACCUGAUUCAGAUUUAAAGACUCUUACAUAUUCUUUUAAUGGUUGUUUUUCUUAUUCAACAAAAGAUACUUGUAAAAAUGCUGCGGCAUGUGUUACUGAUUUAACAUCAAAACAGGAAAGAUUAAUUGCUCGUCAAACGGAUCGUGUCUUUACAUACAAUGGUGGAGUAAUAAGUGUAAUUUAUACAGAUGGAGAUGCUACGACACUACGUGUUUUUCUUGUUUGUAAAACACAAGAAUCAGUUCAAGCUAGUCGAAUUAAUGAUUACUCAUAUCUAUUUAAAAUUGAAAGUGAAUGUGCUUGUCCGGACAAAUGUACUUAUAUUCCAGAUAAAUCUUCAGAUCAUUUAACAGGUGGAGCUGUUUUUAUAAUAAUUUUAGUUUGUAUAAUUACAACUUAUCUUAUCAUCAGUGUCCUUUUUCUUCGAUUUGUAAAACAUGAACAAGGUAUUAAUCUUAUACCAAAUCGAACAUUAUGGUUACAAAUAGGACAUGAUUCAAUAUAUGGUGUAAGAUUUAUUUUAUCAAAAGUUACAGGAAGAAAUACAUAUGAAGAAGUUUAA